CCUUGGCCCCUCUAGGGGUCCGCGGCCCACACAUUUAGGAACCGCAGCUCUGGUCUCCUCGGGAAGCUUCUACAAGCGAGUGAAGGAAGUUGCAGCCCAUGUUUGGAAAUGUUCCCCCGAGGCGCCGCUUCAGUCCGAAGAAUAACGAUUAGCUGGAGAACAGCGAGUGCUGGACGCACAUCACAUUAGCGCUCCCGGACGGAAGAUUUUAACAGAGCACAGCGGACAAUCAUCAUCAAUAUUAUCAUGGCACAGGCAAAAAUACACGCAAAACUGAACGAAUCUGCCUGCAGCAAAUUCAGCAGGACGCUGUCGAUGGCAGAUCGCUCCGGGCGACUCCUGGAAAGUUUGGAUCAGCUGGAAAUGAGGGUGGAGGCUUUACGCGACGCCGCAUCAGCCAUGGAGCAGGAAAGGGAGAGCAUCCUGGAAAUGAUUCAGUCCUUGCAGAACAGUCAAGAAAUGCGUAACAUCUGUCCGGGUGAGAGAGAAGAGUUGAAUUUAACUGCAAACCGUCUGAUGGGCCGAACCCUGUCUGUGGAGAUCUCUAUUGGCACAAUCAGGAACCCCCAGCAGGAGGAGGCGUUGCAGAAGGCCACGUCUAUAAUAGAUGAAAUAGUGAAAAAGUUACUGAGUGACAUGGAAGGUUCUCGGCAGCACCUGCUGGCUCUGCACGCGGCCUGCGUGACCGAAGCACCGCCUGUCCCCAUCGACCAGAAGUUUCAGGCCAUAGUGAUCAGCUGCGCUCUGGAGGACCAGAAGAAGAUCAAGAGGAGGCUGGAGACUCUGGUGAGGAACACUGAAAACGCUGAGAAGAACAUCAAGAUAAUGGAUCACCAAAAACUCGAGGACACAAAGGCCAACGGAGGUCACUAAGGCUCCCAAGCAACCGCUAAACCUCGUGUUGAAUUCUGCUAACCUCACAGAAAAUUGAUGAAAACUUUUAUGUGUUUACUUAAUUUCAGGAGUUCAUGAUGCUGCAGCAAAGCAAAUCCUUGUGGGAAAAGGACGGUGAUUCAGUGCCUUGCAAAUGUAGCCACACCCCCUGGACUUCCUGUUUACUGCAUUACCUCAUACAGCAGUGUAUUUCAUUGGGAGUUUUGUGAUAGAUUAACACAUAAUCAUAUUAUUUUAUUUCAAACAAAACAUUUGGAAAAAACGUGUCAAUUUGCGUCCACUUUACAAUCAUGCACCACUUUGAUCGGUUUUAAUAAA